GCUGGUGAGAACAGCGUCUUCAUGUCCUUUCAGUUCCAUCUCAAUCAUACGGAAAAGUUUAUCGUCUUCCUGAGAUUCUUGUUGCAACUACAAGACAAACUUAAGAUUUAUUUGCUGAACAUCAACAUUUGCUGUUUUCAUCCGAACACAACAAAGCAUAAUAUAAUAAUUACAUUACUGCAUAAACGCAACAUUAUGGUGCGUAAAGCGGUAAACGAGCAUUUUAUGAAAUUUUACUUUCAAUGUCGUUCCGUGGUCGGUCUUUAUGGGUUCUGAAACAGUCCUACGGACUGAAGCUGCCCUUGCAUAAGUACGCGACCAUAUUCGCCAGAAAGGAAGACCGGGAUCACAGCUUAUGAAAGAUAUUCGCGAAGAUUCAGCAAGAUGUUGCCCAGCGCAGGAUGCGCAUCGAGAGGCUUGUGCUGUCAAGCGCGCUGCCGUCGAAAACAUAACUGCGGGGUUUUUCUACAACUUUACUCGGCGAUCUCUGAGACUUCCGGUUUGCAACGAUGCCUCCAUGGGGCGGUCGGUAGCGCCCAACAUCGCAACAUCCCCUCUUUGUUUUCCACAUUUCUGCUUCUCAGUCUGCACCGAAUGUUUUUUGUCGCUGGUGGUUGUUCAGAAUCAAAAGGGGUAAAUGUCCUCUGGCUUGUUUUCAUUUUCAGUGAUGAUUUGUCGCUGACUGCAUAGCUGAGUGGUUUUAACAGUUAAUGUGUUCGAUCAGAUAUUGCAUAGCCAUAAUCUGAGCCCCGACACAGUCAUCAGUCGUAUUCUGAAAGCAAGUGCUGGCAGCUUUUGACAACAUGUCGCAACGUCUUCGUACAUCUCCGCGGCGAACGCGUCAACAAACUCAACAAAGUUCCCAGAAUUCUCAAGCAUCCCGAGAUGCCUCUCCUCGUGCUAGUACGUCGGGCGGAACCGCUGCAGACGUUGCAGAAGCAGGGCCUGUCAUUCAAGAAGCGGUGGAUUUCGCCCGCUUUGGCUCCUUUCAUCGCUCACUCUUAAAUGUUUACAUGAAUAGUUCGAUGCUGAAUAGCGCCACCGUGCAUCAGACAUUUCGACAAACCUGCGAAGCAUUUGGUGUGAAAUGUCCUGAGACUCCGCAAGAAUAUCUGAAAUCUCUGGCCACAACAAUAAGCGUGAUCAAUACGAGACUGAAGAAGUAUAAUCUUGUUAUCAAAAGAGUGUCAUCUGGAAACAGCGUCGAAAGUUACUAUUGCUUGGCAAAUUCGUCCAAAGGAGGCGUGUAUAAACUACAGGAAAUUUUUAAGGCGGCUGAACUGGAACUCUUGUAUAAUGUGGUUCCGAAGAUUCUGGAAUCGGAGCGUGGCUUCAUCACCAAGCACCAGGCCAUGUCUCGCGAUGCAGCGUCGCAGUUCAAAAUAUCUCAACAUGCGGCCUCCGAUAUCGUCAACCAGUUCAUUAAUUUAGGCUUUCUUACGGAAUCAGACGAUGAUCAAGGUAAAGUGUCGUUGGGCCCGCGAACACUGGCGGAGUUGGAGCCAUUCCUUCGCGACACGAACCGAGACGCUGUGCAAAUGUGCGCACUUUGCCGCGGACUGAUAACUGCGCAGGCUUAUCAGUGUACAAACGUGGAUUGCCGGAAACGAUGCCAUUCGGCAUGCCUUGUUCGCAUGAUCAGCCCACGCAAUCAAAACACGAAUGUCAGAUGUCCCAAUUGCACUUCGGUAUAUCCAGCGGACGCUGUGCAGCGUUAUCGAAGGUUGGGGAAGCAGAAAUGUCAGCAGUUAACCGACGUGAAGGAGACAGAAGAACAAAAGCGUGUUUCUGUACAAGAGAAGGAAGAGCAGUUUUUACAUCCCAAGAAAAAUUAUUCCCCUACACGAGAUGGUCGUGUAACCAGAAACAGUGCCAAUCGCAGUCAUGAACAAAUUGACGAAUGAAUCCGAGCGCUGCUGUGGUUUUUUGGAACAAAUAUAAACGUGUUUUGGAACCGCGAAAUUGUCUGUUUAAAAAAUCUGCUGUUGCUUUUUUUAACUGUGGUCUUUAGCUAAAUUUACAAAUAGUAAAAACAGGUACAUAUGUAGAUAUUCCUACAAUAAUCGUGGAAUGGCUCACACUCGUGACUCGAAGCCCUUCUGAUUUUUUUUCGGACAGAACAUAAAACCGACGUU